AUGAGCAGCUUUCAGCUUCCAGGCUUCCGUUUCUACCCAACUGAAGAAGAGCUUCUCUCCUUCUACCUCCAUAAUAAGCUCAAUAACUUGCGCAGUGAUAUGGAACGCGUUAUUCCUGUGGCCGAUGUGUUCUCCCACGAGCCAUGGCAACUCCCUGAGCUAUCAGGAGAGCCAUGCGUUCAAGACAAGGAGCAAUGGUUCUUCUUUUGCCCACAACAGGAGAGAGAAGCCAGUGGUGGCCGGCCUAGCAGGACCACCACCACCGGCUACUGGAAAGCCACCGGUUCGCCCAUUCCAAUAUAUUCCUCCACUAAGCAUCGACUCGGAAUGAAGAAGACCAUGGUCUUCUACAACGGUCGGGCUCCAACGGGCGAAAAGACCAAGUGGAAAAUGAACGAGUAUCGCUUGUUCGAUGACCAUGCCACCACCUCGACCGCUGCCGCCGCCGCCUCCGCGCUUCGAGCUGAAUUCAGCUUGUGCCGGUUGUACACUGGAUCAGGCAGCCUGAGAUCCUUCGACCGCCGGCCUCCGGCGACCGACGACCCGGCGAGUACAAGCGAGUUGAGGUUGCCGGAGGGCGGAGCUACUGAAUUGGGGAAGAAACCAAGAUUGGUCUGA